AUGCGGGUCGCUCCACCCAGCGGGCAGCUAAAGCUUCCCCAGCAGCAGCAACAACUCCAGCAGCAGCAGCAGCAACAACUGAGGCUAAAGCUUCCCCAGCAGCAGCAACAACUCCAGCAGCAGCAGCAGCAACAACUGCAGCAGCAGCAACAGCAGCAGCAGCAGCAGCAGCAGCAGCAGCAGUUGUUGCAGCAGCUCAAGCAGCUGGAGAGGCUGAACUUCAAAUAUUUUUCUGCAGCAACGAUGGCCGGUCGUUUGCUUCUGCCGCCAGUGGCGGUGCUGCUGCUGCUGCUGCUGCUGCUGCAACCAUACGACAGGCUAAAGCUUCCCCAGCAGCAGCAACAACUCCAGCAGCAGCAGCAGCAACAACUGCAGCAGCAGCAGCUGCAGCAGAGUUGCUUGGUUCCUGCUGCAGCACAAAUAGAAGAAGACAGCCAGACAAGCCAAGCUAGCAGCAGCAGAGACGAAGACACAGGGGGCGGUGAUGUAUGGAGAGAGAAUGAGGGCUCUACUGAGGAGGAGGGUUUGUAUACUCCUUCAGCAGCAGCAGCAGCAAAUGCAGCAGCAGCAGCAGCAGCAGCAGCAGUUGCAGCAGCAGCAGGAACAAGUACAGCAACAACUGAAACAGAAACUGAAAUUCUCUCUUUAGAUGAAACCCAUAGUGCUGCUGCUAUAGAGCAGGAGUCUGCUGCUGCUCCUUUGGUUGCUGCAGCAGCAGCAGCAGCAGCAGCAGCAGCACCACAACCACCACCAGUUGGUGGUGUUGUAUCAUCUCAUAUAGAUGUAGAGGAUGAGGAGCUCAAGCAGCAGCAGCAACAGCAGCAGCAGCAGCAGCAGCAGCAGCAGCAGCAGGAGCACGAUCAACGUAUGUAUGAAUAUAAAGAAGCUCUGAAAGCUCAGCUAGGGAGAGGAGCGAAGCAGCUGCACGGCCUCCGCCUCGAUAUAAACUGGCUCAAGUCUGCGGUCAAGGACCUAGACCUCACCAAAGAAACCCUCAGUAAACCCUAA